AUGGAAAGCUGGGAGGAGUCGCAAGAAUCCAUCAAAGCCGAGGUUAGCCAGUUGAAAGACCAGGUCGGCCAAAUCUUGGCUGCCCUUGAAUCCUUGAAAACUACUGCAGAGUCUUCAUCUGCACAGAUCGGGGGGAAUGCCCAUUUUUAUCCCCCAUUGUUGAACACUGCCAAUCAAUCGAUACCUUUCCCGCCCUAUGGGUUACCCCCAGGUUACACUCCUCCUGUAGGAGAGUACUCAGAAGCUGAGUACGCUUCAUUCUCAUUCCCCGCGACUGUCAAUAUACCACCGAUCGGCACUCAGGGACCUGUCUUAGUGUCGGCUCCCAUGGGGAGCACGAGAAUGAAUGAGACCAACACCACUGAUGGAGUUCGGGUGACUCCAGUACCGCCUGUGGUUACUAGGGAGGAUUUUUCAGCCGAAGCUGCACCACACGCCACGGUGGUUGGGGGAUUCGGUGGCCUCGUCGGAGCUAAAGGCAGGUUGGAGGUUCUUGAGGAAAGAUUAAGGGUCAUUGAAGGGGUGGAAAGCUACGGUUUUGGAGAUAUUGCAAGGCUAAGUUUGGCUCCUGGUGUGAAAAUACCGCAUAAGUUCAAGGCGCCAGAGUUUGAGAAGUACAAGGGUAGCACAUGCCCUAAAAGCCAUCUGACCAUGUAUUGUAGAAAGAUGGCUGCGUAUGCUUAUGAUGACCAGCUACUCAUCCACGUUUUCCAAGAGAGUUUGGUUGGGGUUGCGUCAAACUGGUAUACCCAUUUAGAGCCCUCUAGAAUCCGUUGUUGGGCGGAUCUAGCUGACGCCUUUGUGAAACAGUACGUGUACAACACGCAUGUUGCACCGGACCGUCUGCAGUUGCAAAAUAUGGGGAAGAAAGAUAAUGAAACUUUCAAGGAAUAUGCUCAACGAUGGAGAGAGCUAGCUGCGCAGGUCGAGCCGCCUCUGUACGACAAGGAAAUGGUGGCGAUGUUUGUGAACACGCUCCAACCACCGUUUUAUGAACACAUGGUCGGGAACGUGUCCUCCAAUUUCGCUGAUAUCGUCAUAAUAGGCGAAAGAAUAGAAAUUGGGUUGAAGAAUGGGAAGAUCGCGGGUGGCCCGUCUGCGGUAGCAAACUCUAAAAAGCCCAGCUUCAAUCCAGGAAAGAAGAAAGAAGGAGAUGUGCAUGCGACAUCGAUGAUGCCUGCAUGGAGAGGUCAAGCCCCUAUCCACAAUUAUAGACCACACCUGGGCCAACCUCCAUAUGCAGCCAAUGCAGCUUUUGCUCAUCCAAUUAGACCUCAACAACAACAAGAAUUUUAUCAACCGCAACCUAUCACAAACAACGCCUGGAGGACUGGGACAGGCGCGAAUCCAAAUCCGAAUGCGGGUCAAGGUACUUACCCGAGAAAAACCCAAGAAAGAAAAUUUGUUCACUUCACCCCCAUCCCUACGACUUACACUGAAUUAUUACCCCACCUCGUCAAAAGGGGUCUGGUGGCUAUAUGUCUGAUGAUGCCUAUGCAACCUCCGUACCCUAGGGGUUAUGAUGCCGAUGCCAAGUGUAGUUAUCAUGGGGGAGGAGUGGGUCACUCAACUGAGAGAUGUAUGGCCUUCAAACAUAAAGUACAGGCCCUAAUCGACGCUGGGUGGCUGAAAUUUCAAGAAGAUAAACCUAACAUUGAUGAUAAUCCAUUAUCCGGACAUGGGAGUGCCUCGACAAAUGCCAUUGAGGUUAAGAAGCAUGAACUGAUAAGGGAUGCAAGUGAAAUCCGAAGUUCCAGAAGGUUUAUUUUCAAGGAAUUAUUGAAGUUGGGAUUUUUAAACGGUGAUUAUGAUUUGGGAAAAGCAUGUGGAUUCCAUCCAUGCGCUGAACACUCUAUCGAUGAAUGUGUUGAAUUUGAAGAGUUUCUGCAAGAUCUGCUUGAUAGAAAUUUGAUGCAAGUGUACUACGAGGAUAAGGAUGAAGAGGUGUUUGCACAAACCGGUAUGGAGCCUGAUGUAACCCUGCCAGAGCCGUUGGUAAUUCGUUUCACUCGGACCACCCCUGCACCAGUUAUUCAAGGAAGACCGUCCGUCGUCAUCCAUACACUAGUUCCUUUUCCUUACAAGAGCGAGAAAGCUGUUCCUUGGAGGUAUGGAACACACGCAUUCGAUGAAGGACAAUGUGUUGAAAGUCAAUUCCUCGACCAGGAUCCAGUUAUUGAAAAUAUAUCAGGCAUCGGCGGAAUGACAAGGAGUGGUCGAAUCUUCACGCCACCAAACCUGAUGGGAGAAGGAACUAGCAAUAAUGAAGCACCGGUGGCCGCGAAAGUUAAAGAGCUCUUAAAGGGGAAAGGGGUGCAGGCCGAAGAGACCCCCGACAAGGAGGACAAGAAAGAAAUAUCCGACGAAGAGGCUGGAAAGUUUUUGAAAUUCAUACAACAAAGUGAAUAUAAAGUGGUGGAACAAUUGAAUCGUAUGCCAGCCCGGAUCUCUCUGUUAGGAUUGCUCAUGCACUCAACCUCCCAUAGAAAACUGCUGAUGAAGAUACUGAGCGAAGCCCAUGUAGAACAAGGUAUUUCCCUGAACAAAUUCGAGGGCAUUGUUAGCAACAUCACUGCUAAUAAUUACCUCACCUUCACCGAUGAGGAAAUGCCUGCUGAGGGGAGAGGGCAUAACAAGGCUCUCCAUGUCUCCGUGAAAUGCUUGGACCACGUCAUAGCGCGCGUGCUGGUGGACAACGGAUCCUCCCUGAAUGUCAUGCCCAAAACGACACUGGAGAGGUUACCUUGUGACGGAAUGCAUAUGAAGCCAAGUUCUAUGAUUGUGAGAGCGUUUGACGGUAGCAAGAGGGAGGUCAUGGGCGAAAUAGAGUUGCCGGUCCAGGUUGGCCCAUGUGUCUUUCAAAUAACCUUCCAGGUCAUGGACAUCCUCCCAGCCUAUAGUUGUCUAUUGGGUCGCCCAUGGAUCCAUUCUGCGGGAGUUGUACCUUCCACACUGCACCAGAAAUUGAAAUAUGUCAUGGGAGAUAAGCUGGUGAUAGUUUCUGGAGAGGAGGAUCUCCUUGUGAGUGGGCCAUCCUCCGCCCGUUAUAUAGAAGCAGCCGAGGAAGCUCUCGAGACAGCUUUCCAAUCAUUGGAGAUCGUGGGAAACACCUAUGUGGAACCAUUUCCAGUAAACCCAUAUCUGUCACGUGCCUCUAUCAUGGCGGCCAAGGUCAUGCUGAAGGAAGGCUAUAAGUACGGGAGCGGUUUAGGCAAGAAAAGGGCAGGGGCGGACAUUCCAAUUGGAGGUGGUCGAGAACAAAAACAGGUAUGGCCUAGGGUACAAGCCCAGCAAGGGGGAUAA